UUUAGCCCUUUCCUUCACUUGCCCAUCACGUUUUUUAAUAAUCAAACCACUCUCACAAACACUUUCCUUGGUGAAAAAUGGUGAAGAAAUCGGAGAAGACGGCGGCGGAAUCGUUUCCUGUGGCGGCGCCGUCGUGUAAAAAGAAGUAUAAGGGUGUUAGAAUGAGGAGUUGGGGGUCGUGGGUAUCGGAGAUUCGAGCGCCGAAUCAAAAGACGAGGAUUUGGUUAGGGUCUUAUUCGACGGCGGAAGCUGCGGCGCGUGCUUACGACGCGGCGCUUUUAUGUCUCAAAGGUGCUUCUGCUAGCCUUAACUUCCCGGAAAUUGCUAACUCUAUUCCGAUUUCCGAUCACUGCCACUUCCGCCGCUUACACCACCAUAUUGAUUCCUCUGAUGCCGACAUUAUGUCUCCUAAGUCCAUCCAGCGUGUCGCCGCCGCUGCCGCUAAUGGCUUCCGGGAAAAUGUCUCCUCCGCCGUUGUCACUCCCCCAUCCCCCGCCGUCUCGUCCCCGUCUCUCUCCUCCGAUCUUCCGGACGAUGAAGCGUCGGUGACCGUGUCGUCCGAUGGUGUCUACGAUCAAAUCGAUCCGUCGACGGCGGAGAUGGAUUCAUGGUGCAAUUACCUUGAUACCCUUCAGUCGCCGAAAUUCAUUGACCAAAUGCUCACGGAAGCUUGGUUCGAUUUCGGUUCGAUUCCGGCGGCCGAAAUUCCCGAUUUUUACGAGGAAGAAAGCGACAUCAGAUUGUGGAGCUUCUGCUGAAGAAAAAAAAAAAAAAAAAUCAAAAUUACAUUAUAUUAUUAUUUUUUUCCUUAUUUAAAAUCUUCUUAAAUUUGUGAAGAUAUUACUGACAGUGACCAAAAAUAUUUAUUUAUUUAUCUCUUUGGUGUGUUUGAUUCAGAUUCGAACCAACGACCUCGAGAGAUUUAGAGUUUUUUUCCCCAAGAAAUCUCUCAAGUGUUGGUUUUGUGAUGAAACUUUAUGUAAUGA